GCGGCUGAUAAGAGGAGUAUAAAGAGGUCCAGGGCUCAUGGCUAGGGUAUCUUGGGCAUUUCACUGGCAACAUGCUGCGCGCUCUGGUGCUCGCUACCCUGGUCCUCUACGGACACAGCACCCAGGACAUUCCGGAAACCAACGCCCGGGUUGUUGGAGGGACUGAGGCCCAGAAGCAUGCCUGGCCCUCACAGAUCUCCCUCCAGUACCAGUCAGGAGGCUCCUGGUAUCAUACCUGUGGAGGAACCCUCAUCAAAAGCAACUGGGUGAUGACCGCUGCCCACUGCGUGGACUCCAAGCUGACCUUCCGCGUGGUGGUUGGGGAACACAACCUGAACCAGAAUGAAGGCACCGAGCAAUACGUGAGCGUCCAGAAGAUUGUGCAACACCCCUCCUGGAACAGUAACAAUGUGGCUGCAGGUUAUGACAUCGCCCUGCUGCGCCUGGCCCAGAGCGUGACCCUCAACAGCUACGUCCAGCUGGGUGUCCUGCCCAAGGAGGGCUACAUCCUGCCCAACAAUAACCCUUGCUACAUCACAGGCUGGGGCAGGACCAAGACCAAUGGGCAGCUGGCCCAGGCCCUGCAGCAGGCCUCCCUGCCCAGCGUGAGCUACUCCACCUGCUCCAGCUCCUCGUACUGGGGCUCCACCGUGAAGAACACCAUGGUGUGUGCUGGCGGAGACGGAGUUCGCGCCGGAUGCCAGGGUGACUCCGGAGGCCCCCUCAAUUGCUUGGUGAAUGGCCAGUAUGCUGUCCACGGAGUGACCAGCUUUGUGUCCAGCCUGGGCUGUAACGUCAGCAAGAAGCCCACAGUCUUCACCCGGGUCUCUGCUUAUAUCACUUGGAUAAAUAACGCCAUUGCUUCCAACUGAACCACCCUCCGCAGCUGCCUUCCCAAGAUGGCUCUUAGAUCUGCAGCAGGAAUUGAACUCAACAAAGAAGAAAACCUACAGAGAAACUACUGAGCCACUUUCUCAAAAGCAAAUAAAACUGAA